AUGUACAUGGAAAUAGAUACACUUGGCAAAGAAAUUGUCGUCCGUGUUCGUCCAGCUUUAGAUAUAAAUUAUCAAAGUGAUAUGGAGUCGUUCUAUCGACAACGAUGCAUCAUACAUCUGCCAUUCCGAGAAGACAUGAAUUCAUUAUGGAAUAGAUUUGAGCACAGUGAUGAAAAUAGUUGGUUUUUGUUAUAUGAAGAAAAUAAGUUAAGUAAUUCAGAAAUAGAUACAACGUUUACAACCAUAUUCGAGUCAAACGAAGAUAAUGAAAACGACAUUGAAGAAAACAAUAUACACUACAAUGCCUUUGAAUUAAUAUCCGCUCACCAUAAUGAAAAAAAAACACAUGAAUUAGGACAAAGACUGAUCGAUGUGGCAUAUGACUGGAAUGGCGAUAAAUCUCAAUAUAUUUUAGAAAUAUGUCAACACAAAAUUAUGCAAAUCAGUAAUAAUAAUAAUAGCACGGAUAAUGGUCACAAGGAUGUUAAACGUAUCAUUAUUCAAGGAAAAGCAGGUUCCGGGAAAAGCACUUUAAUACAUCGUAUUGUGGAAGAAGUUUCUAGUAAACUUGGGCAUGAAGCAAUUGCCGUCACAGCACCCACGGGUGCAGCGGCUCUUAAUAUCAAUGGCUCAAGACUGCACUCAUUCUUUAAAAUAUCUAUUUUUUAUACUAAAUUCGAAUCGUUAAAGGACGAAUCCUUGCAACAUUUUCAAUUAAAACAUAAAAAUUUGAGAUUCGUAAUAAUUGAUGAAAUGUCACUGGUUGGCGUACGAAUGCUUCAUCAAGUAGAAAGAAGAUGCAGUGAUAUAUUCCCUGAAAUCAAUGAACCGUUUGGUGGAUUAUGUGUAUUAAUGUUUGGCGAUUUUAGACAACUACCACCCGUAAAAGAUGCGGCUAUUUUUAUGACAAAAUUUAACGACUUUAUGUCAACAAAUGGUAGAUUAGUUUUUGAUAGUUUUCAGGUCUUCGUUGAGUUAUCUAUAUCGCACCGACAAAAGGAUGAUACAACUUUUUCUCAGUUGUUAGAUCAUGUAGCCAGUGGAAAUAUAACAUCUGAAGAAUAUAAUAUGUUAGUACAACGAAAAAUCGUAGUUAUCAAAGCUCAAAAUAAACCUAAUUCUGCAACAAAUAAUGAAGAUUGCUCCGGAUUAGCAGAUACUUUAUUUCUCGCUAUCGGGUGUAGAGUAAUGUUACUUGAUAAUACUUGGGUUGAAGAAGGUUUAGUCAACGGAUCAUUAGGAAAAGUAAAGGCAAUUCUUUACGAAGAUGAUGUCCAACCACUACAUUUGCCUACAUACAUCUUAGUAGAAUUUGAUUCGUACAACGGGCCUUAUCUUGACAAAAAAUUAUUUCCUGUGACUCCAAUAAUACGCACCUGGAAAAAAUCAGGAAUGAGACACACAAGAAAGCAAUUUCCAUGGAAAUUAGCAUACGGAAUUACAAUUCAUAAAUCCCAAGGCUUAACUUUACCAUCAGCAAUUGUUGAUAUAGGAAUAAAAGAAUUCUUGUCAGGAUUGACAUACGUUGCUUUAAACCGCGUUAGAAGUUCAAAUGAUGUAAUGUUCUCAUGUUUUUACGACAAAGGAAGAUUUGAUUUAAUAUCUAAAUCACAUUCAACAAAAUUGAAAUCAGAGUUCUUAAAAACACUUAGUAACAAAGUAAGACCAGGUCCCGUGGACCUGGUGCACCAGGUUAACGAAAAUCCCCUAAGCACCUCCUAUGAAGGAUCUCCAACGUAG